AUGAAAAUGGCUCCGCAAAAUGCCGACUCAGAAUCUAUGCAAGUUCAAGACUUACCUGUGCCCCUGCCAGACCUGCAGAAGCCCGGAGGUGCGGACACCCACUACGAGACCAUCAGCGAGGGGUCCAUAGACCGGAUCCCUGUGCGCCUGUGGGUGAUGCACGGGGCCGUGAUGUUCGGCAGGGAGUUCUGUUACGCCAUGGAGACGGCACUGGUCACUCCCAUCCUGUUGCAGAUUGGCCUUCCGGAGCAGUACUACAGCCUCACCUGGUUCCUGAGCCCCGUCCUCGGCCUCUUCUUCACGCCCAUCAUCGGCUCCGCCAGCGACCGCUGCACCCUGAGCUGGGGCCGCCGGCGGCCUUUCAUCCUGGUCCUGUGCAUCGGCGUGCUCUUGGGCGUGGCGCUCUUCCUGAACGGCUCUGCCAUCGGUCUGUCCCUCGGCGAUGUCCCCAGCCGGCAGCCCAUUGGCAUCGUCCUCACCGUGCUGGGGGUGGUCAUCCUGGAUUUCAGCGCCGAUGCGACCGAGGGCCCCAUCCGUGCCUACCUGCUGGAUGUGGUGGACAGUGAGGAGCAGGACAUGGCCCUCAACAUCCACGCCUUCUCUGCCGGCCUCGGCGGGGCCAUCGGCUAUGUGCUGGGGGGGCUGGACUGGACCCAGACCUUCUUGGGCGACUGGUUCCGGACGCAGAACCAGGUGCUUUUCUUCUUCGCGGCCAUCAUCUUUGUGGUGUCGGUGGCCCUGCACCUGUUCAGCAUCGAGGAAGAGCAGUACAGCCCCCCGCAAGAGCGGGGUGGGGAGGCGGCCGGCACCCUGCCCCCCGCCGCCCGCGUGAAUGUUCUGGAUGGAGGCGUCGCCUUGUUCCCGGAGGAGGUGCAGUCCGAGCACGAGCUCUCCCUGGACUUCCUGGGUGUGGACAUGGUGCGGAGCAAGAGCGACUCUGUGUUGCACGUGCCGGACGCUGCCCUGGACCUGGAACCCGAGCUGCCCUUCCUGCCCGACAUCGAGCCCUCCAUCUUCCACGACGGCUCCUACCCCAGCACCCCCCGCAGCAGCAGCCAGGAGCUUCCCUGGACCAGGCCGUACCGCCUGGCCUCCGUGCUCAGGGAAACCGCAAAGGAGGACGCGACGCUGCUCGAUAAUCACUUGAACGAAGCCAAAGUCCCCAACGGGAGUGGCUCUCCCCUGAAGGACAGCCUCGGGGGCUACACCAGGGUGGCCCCGAAACCCACGGCCGCGUCCGGCUCCAUGAGGCGGCGGAGGCACAUGUUCCACCGGCAGGCCUCCAGCACCUUCUCCUACUACGGCAAGAUCGGGUCCAACUGCUACCGCUACCGACGGGCCAACGCCGUGGUCCUCAUCAAGCCCUCGCGCAGCAUGAGCGACCUGUACGACCUGCAGAAGCAGCAGCGGCAGCGGUGCCGGCACCGGAACCAGAGCGGGGCCACCACCUCCAGCGGGGACACGGAGAGCGAGGAGGGGGAGGGCGAGACCACCGUGCGGCUGCUCUGGCUGUCCAUGCUCAAGAUGCCCAAGGAGCUGACGCGGCUGUGCCUCUGCCACCUGCUCACCUGGUUCUCCGUCAUCGCCGAGGCCGUCUUCUACACCGACUUCAUGGGCCAGGUCAUCUUCGAAGGGGACCCCAAGGCCCCCUCCAACUCGACCGCCUGGCAGGCCUACAACGCCGGCGUGAAGUUGGGGUGCUGGGGCCUGGUGAUUUACGCGGCCACCGGCGCGAUCUGCUCAGCCCUGUUACAGAAGUACUUGGACAACUACGACCUGAGCAUCAGGGUCAUCUACGUGCUGGGGACGCUGGGUUUCUCCAUCGGCACGGCCGUGAUGGCCAUGUUCGCCGACGUCUACGUCGCCAUGAUCAUGAUCAGCACCAUGGGCAUCGUCUCCAUGAGCAUCUCCUACUGCCCCUACGCCCUGCUCGGGCAGUACCACGACAUCAAGGAGUACGUCCACCACAGCCCUGGGAGCUCCAAGCGUGGCUUUGGCAUAGACUGUGCCAUCCUCUCCUGCCAGGUGUACAUCUCCCAGAUCCUGGUGGCGUCCGCCCUCGGGGGUGUGGUCGACGCCGUCGGGACCGUGCGCGUCAUCCCCAUGGUGGCCUCCGUGGGCUCUUUCUUGGGCUUCCUGACGGCCACGUUCCUGGUGAUCUACCCAGACGUGUCGGUAGAGGUCAAGGAGGAGCAGAAAGGCCUGUCUUCCCAGCCUUCGGGGGAGAGCGGGGGCGGCGGCGAGAAGCCCACCGUCCUGAGGCUGACCAGGAAGGAGGGCCAGCCGAGGAAGGUGGAGACGGAGUCGAUGGUCUGA